GAAAGGGUUAACCCGGGCUCGGAGCGGCCGAGUGUUUCCGGAAAGGGCCGAGUGAGGCCCGGUAAAAGGGAACCGAGGGGAACGCGACGGGUUACGACGGCGUCUCCUCAGCGGCGAGUUUUAGAGCUCGGGUUCAGUCACCAUGGGAGCCUGCCUAGCACUCUGUUCCCUGGCCAGCUGUGCCUCGUGUCUGUGUGGAAGUGCAUCAUGCCUGCUUUGUGGCUGUUGUCCCUCUACCAAGAACUCGGUGGUGACUCGCCUUACCUAUGGCGGCUUCUUGCUCCUAGGAACAAUUGUCUCCUGUAUCAUGAUAGCACCAGGCAUAGAAGCCCAACUAAAGAAGAUUCCAGGAUUUUGUGAAGGAGGUUCCAGUAUUCCCUUCAUUCAAGGGAAGGUUAACUGUGAUAUCAUUGUGGGUUAUAAGUCUGUGUAUCGUAUGUGCUUUGGUCUGGCUGGCUUCUUCUUCCUGUUUACUUUGAUCAUGAUUCAAGUGAAGAGCAGCAAAGACCCGAGGGGCGGACUGCAGAAUGGAUUCUGGUUUUUCAAAUUUCUGGCCUUAGUGGGAAUUACUGUUGGUGCUUUCUUCAUUCCUGAUGGUACCUUUACAACAGUGUGGUUCUACUUUGGUGUGGUUGGGGCUUUCUGCUUCAUUCUCAUCCAGCUAAUACUUCUCGUUGAUUUUGCUCAUUCUUGGAGUCAGGCCUGGGUGCAGAACAUGGAAGAGGGCAAUGCCAAAUGCUGGUUUACUGCCUUACUUAUCAGUACGGCCCUAAACUACCUCCUGUCAAUUGCUGCAGUUGUAGUGUUGUACAUUUUUUACACAAAGCCAGAUGACUGUACAGCAAAUAAGGUCUUCAUCAGUCUGAACCUCAUCUUUUGCAUCAUUGUCUCUGUUGUGUCCAUCCUACCAAAGAUUCAGGAAGCUCAGCCUCAUUCAGGUUUGCUGCAAGCCUCUGUCAUUACUCUCUAUACAAUGUAUGUGACCUGGUCUGCCAUGACCAAUGAACCGGAAAGAAAAUGUAACCCCAGUCUCCUAAGCAUUGUCCAUCAAACCACCAGCAACGCAACAGUUGCUCCACCCUCCGAUUCAGUAGUCCAGUGGUGGGAUGCCCAGAGCAUUGUUGGAUUGAUCAUUUUCCUCCUUUGUGUGCUUUAUGCAAGCAUCCGAUCGUCCAAUAAUGUGCAAGUGAACAAAUUGAUGAUGACUGAAGAAGGUGAAGCGUCGAAUGAUGACUUCUCUACUCCCUGUGAAGAUGGUUUGCAUCGUGCAGUGGAUAACGAGCAGGAUGCAGUCACCUACAGCUACUCCUUCUUCCAUUUUUGCCUCUUCCUGGCCUCUCUCUACAUCAUGAUGACACUUACCAACUGGUACCGUCCCACCUCUGAUUACUCGGCUGUGCAGAGUGCCUGGUCAGCCGUCUGGGUGAAGAUCUCCUCCAGCUGGAUUGGACUCCUGUUGUACUUAUGGACUCUGGUUGCUCCUGUCAUACUAUCAAAUCGUGACUUUAGCUAAGCAGUAAUUGACACUGCUUACUGACACUUGCCUUUUUUUGUAUACUCUCUUCAAUAGGCUAAAUUUUUCCAAUGCCUUGGUUGUAAAUAAAGUUAUUUUAAGGUUAUUGAUACUUAAGAACCUUAAAUGAUACUUGCAAAAAUUAUGGUACCGCACCAUUUUGGUUUCCUAUUAGGAUGUCUUAAUACAUUGUACUGUAACUUUUUGCCACACAUUUUCCCCAAUCUUUCAAAAUGGAAAGUUUAUAAAUGUUACAGAUAAUGAAACUACUUUUUCCCAUCCUAUCUGACGACAAUAGUGUUUGAAGCUGCCAUUUUAAACAUCUAUAAAUAUACCACAAAGUCUUGCAACUGUUGCACUUAUGGCUAGUCAGCUUUACCACAAUCAAUUCCUGUGCUUGCAUUUUCUAUAAUGGCAACUGUCGAUGGAAGAAGGUUGUGCUGCAGUUAACCCCCCACCUUGUCAGUGGAGGUGCUGCAAUGCCACCACGAGCAGUAAGAUGUAACUACAGUGUUACAUAUUUACAGACAGUUUCUAUUAUGAGCACAUAAGCAAUUUUACUGAAAAUGUAAGGGCAGAUGGUAUUACUUUGAAAGGAGAGCUGGAGUGUAUCUGUGUGCUCUCAUCCAAUUAUCUCUGCCUCUAACUCUGCUUUUUUGAAGACUAGAAUCAGGUCUUCACUCCCCAUGCACAGUGCAUUGAGAUGACUUAGUUUUUCAUAGGGAAAACUAAAUCUAGCUUAGCCUGCUGCCAACUGGCAAAACAAUUGUAAUCACAAAAUAUUAUCCAAUAUAUACAUGUCAUUAAUUUGAAAGAGGUGGAAGAUUAUUGGUAUUUCAGUAUUUAUUUAAGGAAUUUCACAACUUAUAAGAAGUUAAUGAGGUUGUAGGUAGGACUGUGACCUGGGAUUAACAAAGGGAAACUGACUAGAUGUGGGACCGAGGUUGUGAAGUUUAUGUUUGCAAAUAAAUCACAAAAAUGAAACAGUAAUGCAAAAUGCUGAAGUGAUUAUUAUAUGUGUGUCUUUAGAAGAAAUGAUUGGAAUAGUGUAGGAGGGAAUGCUUUUGAAGGGAGUUUUUAGUAGUUAAAGACGUGCUUGAGAGUUGUAGUUGUAAAACAUGAGAUGCGAAAAGGGCCUGAAACUAUUGUCAGAGAAUGCUGGCUUUUAUCUCGAGUAAAGCUGCUUUAAUAAUGAAUAGUGGUCUGCUAGCGCCACUGUUACAUGCUAUCAAUAUGAGCAUCAAGAUGACAAGAUUCAGUUAGACUCAUGACUGGGUUAUCCCAUUUAAAAGAAAAAGCAGGGCAGCAGAAUGACAAAGUUUGGGCAUUUUCUAUUGAUAUUUCUUUCCACAUUGAUCCCCUUUAGCAAAGCAGUGAGAGGAUAGAGUUGUCAUAGUUUAAAGAACUUUGAAGUUGGAAUGGAUGAGCUUCCUAUGUGGUAUUUACUCCUCUUACCUUGGGUGUCCUGGAAAGUAGGAAAUUUUAAUAGUGUUGCCUGUGUGGGUGUAACAGAGGAGUGUUCAUUAUUCCAGGUGUCAAGGAAACUGAAACAAUCUGGAAGCAACUAUGGGGGAAGUUGCAAUUUAAUUUUGAAGUAAAACACACCAGAAAAGGAAUUAUUUUCUAAAAACAGCAAAUUUCUUAAUUUUUUAUCAAGCAUUGUAAAAUCCUCAGUGGCGGUGAGAUAGUCUAUGCUGGGGCAAUAAUUGCCUGUGUGGUGAUCUAAUAAUUCGCUGUGGCACAGUGCAACAUGUUUAAAUCAGUAAAGAUUUGUAACAUCUGCUAUCGCUUUUAUUGAACUCUAAAGUACUAUAUUUUGUAAACCUCCCUUCUCAUGAAAAAGUGGAAGGUAACAAAAAGCUUUUUUAUAUGAUGGAAAGUGAUAAUGAAAUUUCAUAUCAGACAUUGUACCUAUGUAGUAGUAUGAUUUUUCUGUUUAAAAUCCCCACGAUUUUAAAUCAGUUACAAAGAAUGUUAAGCUUUGAAGAGUUCUGUUGAGUUUUCAAAGCUCAAAAAUUUGCCUCACCAGUUGUGCCUAUUUCAGAUGUGCUGGGUGAAUUUCAUUUGUUAACGAAGACAGAUCAUUUUGCCCAUUUAGAAAGUGAUUAUUUUCGAUCCCUCCCCCAGGUUGAUCUUUUAUGCAAAAAUUCGGUCACCAAAUCCUGCAAACAUAGAAAUCAACAGAGCAAUUGUACAAAUGUUCACUAUUUGUCACAAGAUGUUACACCACUUAGAAUCACUUGCCCAAGUAAUGUAGUUUCCUUGUGAUGAAACCAACAAGAUUUAUAGGGUGAGAAAGGGCUUUUUCUGCAUUGUAGUUGCACUUUUCUCAAAGCGUUUUGUUGCAAUAUGUUACUGCUGACUGUUAAAGAAGGAGUCUCCUCAAAAACAGUCACAAGGAAUAAUGAUUUAAUUUUUUUUUGCAGUUUUCUUGGAAUAGAAUCAAUGAUUAGGAAAAUUGAAAUUUAUGUAUUUAACCUGUAGUAGACAUGACCAGCCAUCCUUUAGCUGAAAGUUGUAUUUGUAACAUGUAUCAUUCUAAAUCUUGGGACUUUAUCAAUAAAGAUAUUUUUUUCUUUUCA